AUGGUUUGUGAAAACGAUUGGACGCAAGUGUCAUUUGAACGUAAGUUUUUCCUGCCUUUCUUGUGGAGAUUUCAAUAUAUCGAUUUUUUCAGACGGUCGAACAACGCUGAAAAAAUGGCGAGAAUGUGGCGUUCGUCGAUCGGAAGAAGUCGUCGAAUUAUGGGAGCAUGUAAUUAGCCGAGCACCAACUUCUCUUGGAGAUGAGCAAUGGCCAGUUUAUGAACAAGUUUGCAUUGCCGCGUUUGAUUGCACACGUGUCGAUUUGGCACAAGAUUGUAUCGAACUUCUUCAGUCACAAUUUCCCGACAGCAAUAGAGUUUUAAAGUUGAAAGCAAUGCAACUGGAGGCCACUGAGCAUUUCGAGAGAGCUCUCACUAUUUAUGAUCAACUUGUUGAAACAGAUCCAAAUAACAAUGUAAGAUAUCUAGAUUUCUCUGAAGUCGGCAAUUUUUCUCAUAUUUUCAGAGUUAUCGAAAACGCCGUGUCGCUGUGCUUCUUGCACAAGGAAAAAGACUCGAAGCAAUCAAGGCAAUUAAUGAGUACCUCAAAAUCUUCCUCAAUGAUUCUGAAGCCUGGCUCCAAUUGAGCGAACUCUACCUCCUUGAAAACGACAUUCCAAAAGCGGUACAUUGUUUAGAAGAAUGUGUGUUGAUUUCACCGCUCAAUUCAAUGUUCUUACGGCGUUUGGGAGAUUUGCGAUACACUCAAGGAGGACUCGAAAAUGUCGAUUUAGCGAGAGCUUAUUAUGAAAGAGCCAUCAAGAUCAAUUCAACCGAUUUGAGAUCGCAAUAUGGUUUAUUACUCGUAAGUUUUCAUUUUAUUUUUCAACCUCAAAAAUGAAUCAUAAAUAAUUCCUAUAACUUUUUAGGCUAACAACUUCAUUGCCAAUAACUCAAGAAACCCAGCAGAGAAAAAGAAAUCGACAACCGCUGGAAAUGCAGCAUUGGAUGGUUUAGUUGAUAGAUAUCAAAAAGUCAACUCGACUGAAAUUCCAAAUACUCUUGAAAAACUGAGACUCGUUCAGCAGCCAACAAGAAAUUAA